AUGCGUUUUGCAGUGGAAGAGAUCAACAACUCCAGCCUUCUCCUGCCAGGGAUUUCUUUGGGGUACGAGAUCUUGGAUGUCUGUUCCCUCACCAACACCAUCCACCCGCUUUUCUAUUUCCUUUCGGACAACCGGUCUGUGAUUGAGGUCAAGAACAACUAUACCGAUUCCCAGACGCGGGUGGUGGCGGUCAUCGGCCCCGAUUCAACCUCAACGGCCAUCACAGCUGCUUAUCUGUUGAGCCUGUUUCUUGUGCCGCAGAUCACCUACAGCGCAACCACCGAGGCCCUGAGCAACCCCAGAACCUUCCCUGUGGCUUUCCGCACCAUCCCGAGUACAGACCAGCAGAUCCGCCUCAUCCUGACGAUGAUGAGGUAUUUCCGCUGGAACUGGUUUGUUGUUCUCUCCAGCGAAGACGAAUAUGGCCAACAGAACCUGCAGCUGCUGCACAGAAAGUUGGGGCAACUGCGUACCCAGGAUGCAUGGAUCUGCGUGGCUUUCCAGGAGAACAUCCCAAUCCCAGAGACAAGCCAACCAGAUGGCAACAGCGCCAACCAGGAGCGGCUGAGGGAUGUGGUGACCAAGGUUAGCCGCAGCUCGGCCAAAGUGGUGAUCGUCUUAAGCACCGAACUGCCUCUCCGGGCCUUCUUCCAAGAAGUCAUUUCCCAAAACCUGACGGGCUUGGUGUGGAUCGCAUCUGAAGCUUGGUCCACCGAUCUGAUCAUCUACAGCAUGCCCAACAUCUCGAGCAUUGGCACCGUCUUUGGGGUGGCUGUCGAGGAAGUCCCCGUCCCGGAACUGGACAGAUUUCAAGUCAGGUCUGGCCCAACGGAGGGCAAGGAAGCUCCGGCUGCGCACAUGGUGUGCAACCAGAAAUGUGACAAUUGCCUCCGAAUGGUCCAACGUUAUGAAAGUGCUUUCCGGUCAGCUGGGGACCGUGUCGCUUUCAAUGUCUAUUCCUCAGUCUACGUCAUUGCCCAUGCUUUGCAUGCCUUGCUGGGUUGCAGCGAGACCAAGUGCUCCAAAAGAAAGAUCUACCCUUGGCAGCUGCUAAGGGAGGUGGCACGGGUGAACUUCACCCUGCUGAACACCACCAUCUGCUUUGAUGACAAAGGGGACCCCCCAAAUGGCUUUGAGCUGGUCCAGUGGCAGUGGGGCACCCCGGAAAAGCCUUUCAAGACCAUCGCAAGCUAUCAAUCCCCAGAGGAAGAUCUUCAGGUUUAUGAUGAAAACAUCAUCUGGCACACAGAAAACAGCACGCCGCCCAAGUCGGUCUGUUCAGAGCAGUGCGCACCAGGGCAGAAGAGAAAACCGCUGGGAUCCCUUGCCUGCUGCUUUGUGUGCGUCGAAUGCACAGCUGGGACUUUCCUCAACAAAAGUGACAACUUCACCUGUCAGAGUUGUCCACCCAACAUGUGGUCGAAGCCGGGCCAGGAGGAGUGCUUCAUGAAGGAAGUGAUGUACCUCUUCUGGAACGAUCCCUUCACCAUCAUGCUCCUAUUCUGUGCUUUAAUUGGACUCUUGGCUUCUGUGGGGACCCUGGUGACGUUUGCCCGCCAUUUUAACACCCCGGUGGUGAGAUCUGCUGGUGGGCAUCUCUGCUUCCUCAUGAUCACUUCCCUUGGCCUGGGCUUCUGCAGCGUCUUCUUCUACAUUGGUGACCUGACGGAGCUCAAGUGCUUUGGCCGCCAGAGUGCCUUCGGCCUCUGCUUCACCCUCUGCAUCUCUUGCAUCACCGUCCGGUCUUUCCAGAUCAUUUGCGUCUUCAAGAUGGCCGCCCGGCUGCCCAGGGUUUAUGGCAUUUGGAAGAAGUACAAUGGACAACAUGUUUUUGUGGCCAGUGUCUUUGCCGUGAAGAUGGUCAUUGUGGGGCUCAAUGUCUACUUCUACCCUCCGGCACCGGUCUUAACCAUGAUUAACAGUAACCCCACUGUCCUUCUCUUGAUGUGCACAGAAGAGUACAAAUCUUCCAUGGUCCUAAACAAUGCCUUGGAGAUGGCCUUGUGCUUCCUGUGCUUCUGUUUUGCCUACAUGGGGAAAGCGUUGCCCAAGAACUACAACGAAGCCAAGUACAUCACCUUGUGUAUGACCGGAUACUUCUCCUUCUGGGCCAUCCUCUUGCUGGUCAUGUCCAUCUCCAGUGGGAUCCUGGUGAAUAUAGUUGACACGGCCAUCAUGCUGGCCAACUUGUUCAGUGUUGGUAUGGGCUAUUUUGGACCCAAGUGCUAUGUGAUCUUCUUCCAUCCUGAGCGUAACACGGCUGCCUUCUUUCAGGAAGCCAUCCAGAGCUACACCAUGAGGCAGGAGUAGCCCAGAGGGUACUUGGGAAAGAGAGAUCCUGUUUGCCUACAUCCGUGGUUUCCCAAACUUUGGCUCUCCAGGUUUUUGGACUUCAACUCCCAGAAGCCCCAGCCAGCUUGGCUAACAGUCAGGAAUUGUGGGAGCUGAAGUUUGAAACAUCUGGAGGACCAAAGUUUGGGAACCACUGGCCUACAUGGACAUCCAUUUACCUUAUACGUCAGUAAUGAAGAUUGCAAUUUUCCCAUGGAUUAUCUGACCCAAAUGCCUUGGUUCAUCCAAGCUGGUGGAUCAAUUUGGAGAACCAUAACUCAGUAGCUGUGGGCCAUCCAACUAGUUAAGCUCACGGAUCACCCAUCUCAAAUGUCAUGGAUUGUCCAACUUGGACCACUAAAGGAUCACCAGACUCCAA